AAAACAAAAACACGAGUGGAAACUUUUAAACAAGAGAGGGAGAGAGCGAAAUGGCGACGUCGGGAACAUACGUGACGGAGGUACCGUUAAAAGGAACAGCAGAGAAACACUUCCAGAGGUGGAGGAACGAGAACCAUCUCUUCCCUGACGCUGUUGGCCACCACAUCCAAGGUGUUUCUGUUCACGACGGCGAAUGGGACACUCACGGAAGCAUCAAGAUUUGGAACUACACAUUGGGAGAUGGAAAGCAAGAGGAAUUCAAGGAGAGGAGAGAGAUGGACGAUGAGAAUAACACAAUGAAGGUUGUAGGACUGGAAGGUCACGUGAUGGAGCAGCUCAAGGUGUAUGAGAUCGAUUUCCAAUUUAUUCCCAAGUCUGAAGAAGAUUGCAUCUGCAAAAUCACUAUGAUAUGGGAGAAGCGCAACGAUGAUUUCCCCGAACCAAGCAGCUACAUGCAACUCCUCAAGAGCAUGGUUAUUGAUAUGGAGGACCACGUCCUUAAAGCUUAAUCAACAUCACCAUCAUCCCUAUAUGUUUAUUAAGUUGUUUUCAAUUAUAUCUAAUAAAGUGUGUUUCCUUUCGGAAUGCUAUAUUUUCAAUUAUAUAUAAUAAAGUGUGUUUCCUUUCGGAAUACUAUAUACGUACCAUGUGGUUUCUUAAAUCAAUAUAUAAGAAAAUGGGUCUUGUGGAGUUACUUUCUGUAGCAUAUACCUUUAGAUGUUGACAUCUUUUCCAUUCAAGAUACACUUGGAGACUAAAUUUUACGGUUUCAAGAUGAUCUAAAGCUUACCAAUUGAAGGGAACUGAAAUAUUUGUAAUAUAUAACAAAACUUCUCAAAUUCUUUUAUUUUCAUGUCGUAUUUAUUGUAAAACUGUUUUU